AUGGAACGAUUACUUCUUCUCCACGAUAUCAUGACGCGAAGCAUAGGCGGGUUGUACCUUGCCCCAAUAGAGAAGAGCACAGUCAAACGGAUCCUUGAUAUUGGUACAGGAACAGGAAUUUGGGCCAUCUCCAUUGGUGACGAAUUCCCAAAUGCCACGGUGAUUGGAAAUGACCUUAGCGCUAGUAUGCCUACGUUUGUACCCCCGAAUGUCAAGUUCGAGGUAGAUGACGUCGAGAGUCCGUGGCUGCAUCAAGACAAGUUCAGCUGGAUUUUCUGUCGAUAUAUGGCUGCCAGCAUUUUUGAUUGGCCCAAACUCGUUAACACUAUUUACGAGAACUUGGAACCAGGAGGAUGGUGCGAAUUUCAAGAUUUUGAUCUCCAGUACUAUUCUGAAGACGACUCCCUGAAACCCGAAGAUCCGCUACUGACCUGGAUCUCUACUCUGCUCGAGGCCGCCCGCAAACUCGGACGAGAUCCCAACCCCGGCUCUAAACUGGAAGGGUGGGUCAAAGAUGCCGGCUUUAAAAAUGUCGUGCAUAAGCGGUACAGGAUUCCCAUCGGGCCCUGGGCUAAAGACCCGCUGCUGAAGGAAGUUGGUCUGCUAAACUAUCUGCAAGUCAAUGGAGGGCUCGAAGGCCUUACGUUGAGGCUCUACACUAGCGUUUUGAAAUGGAGUGAGGAGGAGAUCUUGGCCCUGUUGGCGAAGGUGCGGAAGGAUUUGGUUAACCCCAGGAUCCAUGCCCUGUUCGAUUUUCAUGUCGUUUACGCUCAGAACGCCGAUGCUGCUGACGAUACUGCUCAGCACGGCACCGAUGGAUUGGAGGACUGA